UGUUAUAAAGAUAUCCACGGCAUUGUUGCAGUGAAACACAAACUUAUGACCUUUCAACGUAAAAUAUCUGUAAUAACGAAGCCUUGAUGAUUCUAUAUAGACAGAAUUCGAGAAACACUAUCAGCAAAUGAUAAGCGUCUGUAGACAUAACAGAUUCUUAUACUGGUGUAUUCGUAUCACAAAUGUUCAAUUAACUUGUAGUAGAAGCAAUAAAGACAAUGUAGCAACGCUGGUGAUUUAAGGACAAACAUCAAUAGAAAACAUUAGAAAGUGAUAACACAAUCUCCAUGUGAAAUAUUCAAAGAGCUACCAAAGACAGUAAUUGAGAUAACAUGACGUCAUUGAUGUUCAGAGUUGGAAUUAAUAUCAAAGUCUAUGUCACUUGAAGUAGAUGGUCGUUCUGAAACAAAAUCCUAUCAGAACAACUUCUAAAGAUAUCGGUCGAGAUGAGUGGGAAUAAUUGGAGUCUAAAGAAAGACAUCAGGCAACAGUAGCAACUGAUUCAGGCUAAAUAUAUAUAACAUCAUGGAUAGUUGUCCUCAAACAUUUGAUAAAGACAGAGAUAAAGAAACAGCAUCACCAUUGUUGAAAAAAGAUAUACAUCUGGAAAUAACUGGAUCCAAUACCGAGGAGUCAAAAUCUCCUACCUUAAAGCCUCUUGUCCAAACAUCCCAGAAAGACAUGAAUAAAUGUGCUACGACAUUGCUGGUCUCUGAAGAUGGAUAUGAGGAAACAGUAGAAACAGACGCUGUAGACUAUAUUGUCUCGGGCAGAUGCUCACUGUGAAAUGAAUGUCACAGGCAAUCAAUGCAGCACAGUGUUAUUAACAAACAAGGACGCAGACUUACAAGAAACAGACCUUGAAACCGACGAGUUAAAAUCAUCACCAACAAGUGAUCCUGGUGACAGAGCUUCUAAAGGCAACAAUCAAGUUGGGCUGUCAUCGUUGGUGGUUAAAGAAACCUACCAAGGACUAAAUGGACCUGAUAGUGGUAAUCGUGUAUCCCCGGAAGCAUUAACACAUCGAGAAAUAACAGAACUGUGUGAUGAAAAGUCAGAGUCAAAUGCGAAAAGCAGUAAUAAGGAAAACGAUUCAAAUAACAAAGUUGAGAGAUUUCAAACAGUGGCAACUGGUGAUAGAAAAUCCAAGUUAGCUGAAGCACAUAUUCAUUCCUCCAGUGAGAAAACAGCAAAGCUGGAAAUGUCAGGAUUUACAGAAAGUGAGCCUCUCUCUCUUGUCAAAUCACAAACCUGGUACAACUCUGCUUUUACAGAUGUUCCAUUACUAGACAACUAUGAAACCAAGAAAUCACGUAACAAAAUAAAAAAGCAACUGAGGGACCUCGAGCCUCAAACAACUGCCGAGAAGUCAGUAUCAUCCUCAAAGGUUUGUCCAAAUCUUAAAGCAGAGAAAGUCACUGAUUUCCAUCUUAAAACAACAGGAACUAAUAAUGUAAAGAGUAAAACUAUGUUAGAACAGGGCAGGAAAACUAAAACAAAAUCACCAGUAGGCAAAACGUUGGAUAUGGAAGGAUCAAAGUUCACAUCACCAAAGUUGGUCUCUACAGCCGCUGAGAAAAUCUGCAACUCGAAAAAAACUGAAGACAAAUCAUUAAAGAAGAAUACGAAGACGAAAGUAGGCAGUUAUGUCAAUCUAGAAAAUACACAAACUGAGACGAAAUCUUCAUCAUCGCUAAAGACUUCUCCAAAACCUAAAUCUGAGAAAAUCCAUAAUUCUCUCAACAAUGGUGGCAGGUUAUCGAAGCAGGACCAGGCAAACCAUACAAAACCUGUAACAGACAAAGACAUGGCUAGGAAAACUAAGAUGGAGAAGAUGCGUAACCCUCAGAAAACCUGUGAGAAGUUAUUAAAGCAAGAAAAGAAAAACAAGAAAACAUGUUUAUACCUGCAGUUUGACCAGCUGAUGAAAGACAACAACACUAUCCAUCGUUUUCUUACAACACGAUUGCGAAAAUCGGAUGGCGAAGUCAGUUUUGAAAUAAUGGAAUCGGUUAGAAAAAUGGACGAAAACUACACUGUGGUCACUCUAAAAUUUUCGAGUAAGCACGUCGCCCACACAGCACAGAACCUUUUGAAUUUGAGCAACCGUAACAACGAAUUGAAAAUAUUUUCAACAUUUGACCCAUCUGAAGUGGAUGACUCUAAAAAGGUGAGCAGAAACAAAGCUGUGUUCAGGCAGCAGUUGACAGACAUUGUAACACGAGCUGAACAAACCAUGAACAAACAUGAAGACAAGAUGACAAAAACUGAUGACAGUCUUCUGAAACUGAAAUCCUCGAAAAGAAUGUCCAACGCUGAAUUUGAAAUGGUGAUAUCUCAGCGGUAUGCUCUUGAAGACAAACUAAAGGAGUUAACAUUACAAAGAGCUGAAUGUCAAGAAUUUCUCAAAAGCCUGUUAGUGAAAUUAGAACAAUGUUGGGAGGACAAUAAAUAUGAUAAAAAUAUUAAUGAAAUACUUAAGCUGUUUCGGGUGGAAUGUCGCAGGCUAGAGACAGCAUUGCCAAUGUAUGCUCAAAGAAAAGAGAUAGUAAAACUGGUAACCGAAAGUCAAGUUUGUGUGAUACUUGGAGAAACGGGAUCUGGCAAAAGCACACAAGUGACUCAGUUCUUGUAUCAAGUCGGAUUCGGAAACGAUGGCAUAAUUGUCUGUACUCAGCCACGUAAAGUGGCGGCCAUUAGUCUAGCUACACGUGUGGCAUCAGAGAUGGAUACCAGUGUAGGACAAGUUGUCGGUUACAGAGUUGGAAUGAAAAGCAAAUUUGGUGGCAACACAAAGAUUCUGUACAUGACCGACCACGCACUGCUGAACGAUUGCCUGCAAGAUCCAACUCUAUCAAAGUACUCGUGUGUUAUUAUUGACGAAGCCCACGAGAGGAGCAUAUACACAGAUCUUUUGCUGGGAAUGGUAAAGCGGUGCAUUUCUGGUCGUCCCGAGUUGAAAGUCAUCAUCACUUCUGCAACCAUUGAUCCAGAUAUUUUUGUACAGUACUUCAAUGGCUGUCCCGUCCUGAAAGUGUCUGGAAGGACGUUUCCUGUCGAUGUCAUCUGGCAGCCUGUAGGUCACGAGGUGGAUAUCUUCGAAAACUACCUGGAAGCCGCAGUACAAAAAGUUGUUGAGAUCCAUAGAACUGAACCAGAAGGUGACGUACUUGUGUUCAUGACAACGCCUUUGGAAACGGAGAGAUGUCGCGAUUCGUUCAGACAAAAGCUGAAGAAUGACAAUUCAUACCGGUGUCUUGUUCUGCAUGGCCAAGUUCAGAUGACAGAGCAACAGCUGGUUUUUCAACCGACUCCUCGAGGACAACGGAAAAUUGUGUUUGCCACUAACAGUGCCGAGACAUCCAUCACAAUACCGGGGAUUAAGUAUGUCGUUGAUACAGGACUGGUGAAGGAAAAGAGGUACGACCCAAAGAGAAACAUGGAUUCCUUGAAUGUUUAUAUGAUUAGUCGCAGUUCAGCUGAUCAAAGGAAGGGACGAGCAGGGAGGACAGGUCCCGGGACAUGUUACAGACUGUACAGCAAGGAGCUUUACCAAAGCAUGGAGUCUUCAUCUUCACCAGAAAUACUCAAGGUUCAUCUGGGCCAGGCUAUGCUGAAGCUAGCCGAGUUGGGCGUCAGUCCACAGGAAUACGACUUUGUACAAAGCCCUGACAAAUCCGCAAUAGCAGAUGCUAUUAAGUUGCUUGAAGACAUUGGGGCCAUGAAGAAUCAACUUAUUACAGAAACUGGAAAAUGGCUUACAAAACUUCCACUUGAACCUAGGCAUGGCAUGAUCAUAGCAAAAGGGAAAGAGCAUAAUACUUUAUAUGAGGCUAUCAUCCUCUCUGCAGUCAGUAGUGCUGGAAGCUCCAUCUUUUAUAGAGGUGGUUCACAAAAUGACAAAAGGAAAGCUGAUUUGCUAAAAUUGAAGUUCUGUCAUAAUGGUGGAGACAGCUUAACACUGUUGAAUGUCUUUAGAGAAUGGGACAAACAACCUGAAAGGAGGAAAAAUGCGUGGUGCUUUGAAAACUCCAUCAAUUCCAAAGCUAUCCGCGGUGUCAGAGACACGGUUAACGAAAUUCGUUCAUUAUUGAAAAAGGAACUUGAUCUGGCCGUUAAGCAUUCUGUUGGUGACUCUUCGAAAACCGACAAGAUUCUCCAGAAGAUUCUCUUUGAAUGUUUUUCUUCCAACAUCUGUCAUUUCCUGGGACACGAGAAAGCUGGUUAUUAUGCUGCAAGGCUCGACCAGCUCGUCCACAUCCAUCCAUCGUCAGCGUUGAAUCCUCUGGCCCUCCUACCACAGUGGGUGAUAUUUGAACAGGUGCUGAAAACAUCAAAGGAUUUUGUCACCGGUCUUACACCAGUAGACGACUCAACAGUAACAGCUGCUGUUGAGAAUGGCACCCUUCCGUACAACAUUGAAGAAAUGAAGCAGAAACAGGUACAUCAGAUACAUACAGAAUGCGUCGGAUCAAGGGCGUUUUGGAGCAUUGUCGGUCCUGCUUUUAGUAAGUUGAGAAUCCUAGAAGAGAAAGCUGACCAGUUGGCAGCUCCUUCGGUUGCAGUAAUCGAAGCAGAUAAAGAGAAGGGAGAAUUUACGAUCUUCUCAACAGAUGACUGUUCUGCAAAAUUAACUGAUCUUUUCAAGCCAGACAUUGCUAAGGUCCGGGCUGAGCUGGAACAUGAAGAUGCAGAAUAUUCUCUUUCUGAACAAGCUGGUGCUGUGAAAGUCAUCAUUGGAAUGGGUGGCGAGGUCUUACAGGUUCUUAUGCCAGAUGACUAUAGGACAGUUAUCAUUAAACGUCCAGAUGAUGAUACCACUGAAAGCGUAGUCAUGGAAAAGUUUGGCCAGUAUGGACUAAUAAAGGCGUGUAGAGAAUUUAGUAACUGGAAUAACGAUAGAUGGGGCUGUGUAACCUUUGAACAAACAGCAGACGCCAAGCGAGCUGUUGAUGACACUGAGGACGACCAAUACGAGGUAGCUGUUGCAGGGAAUAGAGGCAAGGGUGGAGAGAGGUUGGCAUUUAAAGCUAAGCUCACUUGGUGCAGACGCAAAUCUAGGCAGUUUGCUUAUGUCGAUAUAUCGCCAGCAGCACAAGACGAAUAUAUUAAACUUCUGGCAGAAUCGCCAAUUCUGAUCAAUGAAAAGGAAGUAAAUGUUAACCCGAACAAAAGGGGGCUGUUUAGCCUAUAUCUUAAUCGUCUAUCUGCUGAUACAGACGAACGUGCUAUUGAGUCUGCCCUUUUGAGGAUUCUAGAUCAUGGAGGAGAUACCAGUGUAAUCGAAAAGGUAAACGUUGUCCGUGAACAAGUGGUGACAACAACAGACAUGUUGGAUACGUUCACAUCAUGCAUCAAGGCUGCAAUUCGUCAAUGUGCUCCAUCUGAAGAGUUCACUGUGGAAGUCAUGCAGCCAAAGCCACAAUGGUAUAACUACUUGGCGUUUGCUCAUUUUCGCCAUCCCGAGGAAGGACAGAGAGCAUGCAGAAUGCUGUCCAAAGAUUUUACAAUGUCGUCAUUUAAAGACAUGACAAUGAUACCAGAUAUAUCAGCAGAACUUCGUAUUCAGUCAAAUGUUAUGAAAGUUAUUAGGGAAGAACUGGAAGAUGCCUUUGAUGAUCUGUCUCAUCUGAAAGACAUAACAACACUGAGACUGAAGGAACUGCGAAAUGGAAGUUUUGUUGUUGAUAUCCAUGCUACGUGUACAGAACAAAUGGCCGAAGUACGAUCGGUUCUUCAGGACAUCGUACAAGGCGAUGUUCUCGAAUAUAGAAACUGUCGAGACUUGAAACAUAUGUUUACUAAAAAUGGAAGAAAACAUCUAGCAAGCUUGCAGUCAAAACUGAAGUGUUUAAUUGUGGUCGAUAACCGCACCAUGACCAUUUCCAUUAAGGGGAAUUCAAAAGUCCGCAAUAAAGUCGGAGCCUCGAUCGAUGAUUUUCUGAAAGCCAUUGCAGAAGGAACAUGUAAAGAGAUUUAUCUUAAAGGUCCCAACAGACCUGGUGGAGUGAUGAAAAAACUGACACUUAAAUAUGAAAUCGACUUGGAGAAGUUUAGGAAAGAGAUGGGACUGCUGUCUGUAGAUAUGGACUUUCGCAGACAUAAACUUGAACUGAGGGGAUCCACAGAGGCUAUAGAAAAAGCUGAAGCUAUCAUCGAGACAAUAACUACUGAACUAGCAAGAGAUCUCUCCGUGAAACUCCAAAACGACAAGCGUCCAGAAUGUGUUGCCUGUUUUAUGCCAGUGGAACGAGGACAACUCUAUCGCUUGGAGGCUUGUGGCCAUGCGUACUGCACAGACUGUGUUAAGCAGCAGUUUCAGGUUGCAUUGAUGGACAAAGACUUCCCUGUAGACUGUGUCCAUGAACAGUGUGGGCUGCAUUUCAUGUGGAGAGAUGUGUUUAAUUUCAUAAGGGAUGGGUCCAUAGUGAUAAAAGAACUUGUGGCAGCUUCUGUGUCUGCGUUUGUCGCUAAACAUCAGAAAGAUUACCGAUACUGCAUUACACCUGACUGUCCAGUCAUCUAUAGAGUAAGUCCUGAUGGUUCCCCUUUCGACUGCUGUGAGUGCCAGACGAAGGUAUGCACGUCCUGUCACGUUCAGUACCACGAUGGACUGAGUUGUGCCAUGAACAAAUCUCCCGAUAAAGAAGGUGAUCGCUUGUUCAAGGUAUGGAUGGAUGAGAGGAAAAACAGAAAACUCUGCCCGAAUUGUGAUGCUCCAAUUGAAAAAAAAUCUGGAUGUAACAAAAUAAGGUGUUAUGCUUGUAAGGAGGUAUUUUGUUGGAUAUGUCAAGAGGUAUUUGCUUCGGGACAGAAAUGUUAUGCUCACCUUCAAAAAAUGCAUGGUGGGUUUUAUUAAGCACAGCUAUUUCACAUUUAACAGACACAUUAAUGUGACUAACUGUAUUGCUUAUAGUACAUAGAACAUUACAAAACAUUUGUUGGUGGGUUUCAGCAACUAUUCUUUCAACUAAUUAUUGUAAAGAACAACUAGAUUGGCAAGUGGAACCAAAUAUAGCUCAGUGGCUGCUGGUGGGUGGGGGAGUGGGUUGGUGGCAUUGGUUAUGACCACAGGUUAGCGUGCAGUAGCCUUAAUUAGAUAAAUGCACGGAAAUAAGUACAACUUAUUAAUGGACUGUUGGUAUUGGUGAUCAACUGAGGCUUUAGACAAAUUUAAACCUCGGCCCUCACAAAAAAACCAUUUUGUCCUUCGGGUUGGAAUUGCCGUAUCUAUACCUCACAACAGUAAUUGAUUCUGUUAGUCCUCUUUUCUUUUUUUUUCGGCAGAUACAGGUUCUAUGUAAUUCCUUGAGUUAAUUUCAAACAAUAGAUUUACAAUUACUGUUAUAUGGACGAAACGCAUUAAAUGAUGCUAAUAAUAAUAAUAGAUACAUUUAGUUGUGUUCAAAUAUUUAUAAAAUAAGUUAAUAAAGUGUAAUUUAAAUGAUCAUGUAGAUUAGUUUAAAAUGUGAUAGGCCUAUCGAUCGUUUUAUUGCAUGUUAUUAGUAUUAUUUGUGUAUCCGUUUGCAUCACUAUUUAUUUGCUUUCAUACGAUUUUGUAUAUAUUAUAGAGCAUACUCCCCUCGUGUCUUGUGAUAGCAAGCCUCGGUUUUCAUUCUUUUAUGAUAAAUUAUGAUAUCACAAGACACGAGGGGAGUAUUCUUUUUAUCAUCCAUUGUCAUUCUUUUAAUUUACGACAGUUGUAAACAGUGCCAGUAAUGUGGGUUGAAAAAAAGAUAAAAACUUUAUUGCAUAUAAACAUUCCACAUACGGAACUGGAUGCAAAACAUAUGCAUAAACAAGAAACAAACAAAAUGACUAAAUAAGGA